CGUCAGAGCGCCCAAGAUGGCGGCGGCUGAGGGGACGCGGGGAGGGAAUCCCGCCUGAGGCGCCCACGCGCGGGGAGAAGGCGGGCGCUGCUGCGUGAGGAGGAGGAGGAGAGGCUGCCACAAGGGGCGAUGCUGGCUCCGUGACGGGCAGCCGGCGGCGGAGACACCGUUUCGGGAGGUGGAGGCGGCAGAAGACGACCUCGCUGCCCGCGCUCAGGUAAGCGGGAGCCCCCGCCUCAGCCAGAUCUUUCUGUGAUGGAAGAUGGAAGACAGAGGGGCUCGUGUUGCUGACUACUUUGUUGUGGCAGGAUUGACAGAUAUUUCAAAACCACUAGAGGAGGAAAUCCACUUCAACGAUGCGUGUCACAAACUUGCAAAGCCAAAAGAGCCCAUCACAGAUGUGACGGUGAUAAUUAAAUCUCUGGGGGAAGAGGUGCCUCAUGGAUACAAAUGCAUAGAUGUUACUCCAUCAGGGCUGCCAGCGGACCUCAACAGUGGCAGCCUUGUAGGACCACAAAUAUAUCUGUGCUACAGGAGAGGAAGAGACAAGCCUCCACUUACUGAUCUGGGGGUUUUAUAUGAUGGAAAAGAGAGAUUAAAACAGGGUUGUGAAAUCAUCCAAGUCACUUUACAUGGCCGCCCUGCAAAUAUCAGUGGUGGUGCCUCAUCGCAAAAAGUAUACAUCACAUUCCGAAGAGCCUUGGAGAACAUGACCCAGAAUACCUUGGCUGUCACAGACAUAUGCAUAAUUAUACCAAGCAAGGGAGAAACCCCGCCACAUACGUUCUGCAAGGUUGACAAGAAUCUGAACAACAGUAUGUGGGGCUCAGCAGUGUACUUGUGUUAUAAGAAGUCUGUGGCACAAACAAACACCGUAUCAUAUAAAGCUGGUCUAAUAUGUAGAUAUCCAGAAAACGACUACGAUUCAUUUCCCUUGCCAGAAUCGGUACCUCUUUUUUGCCUUCCAAUGGGUGCAACAAUUGAAUGUUGGCCAUCGAAUAGCAAAUACCCUCUCCCAGUAUUUUCUACAUUUGUACUAACUGGCGCUUCAGCUGAAAAGGUCUAUGGUGCUGCUAUCCAAUUUUAUGAAACCUAUCCUGAGGAGAAUCUCACAGAAAGGCAAAAAUCUCAGUUGGGUUUAGUGGAUACUCACGAUCAGAAAUCUGCUAGCUCCAAAACAGUCCAGACGAAUAAAUGCAUCUGCCUUCUUUCUCACUGGCCGUUCUUUGAUGCUUUCAAGAAAUUUCUUACUUUUCUGUAUCGUUAUUCCAUCUCUGGUCCACAUGUCCUGCCCAUUGAGAAACAUAUUUCCCACUUUAUGCACAAAGUUCCGUUUCCAUCCCCGCAGAGGCCAAGAAUUUUAGUCCAGCUGUCGCCUCAUGACAGUCUGAUUCUUAGUCAGCCUAUAUCAUCACCUCUCCCACUGAGUGGUGGCAAGUUUUCUGCUCUUCUGCAGAACCUUGGACCGGAGAAUGCAGUAACUCUCCUUGUUUUUGCUGUGACUGAGCAUAAAAUCCUUAUCCAUUCUUUACGACCUUCUGUCCUUACCAGUGUAACGGAAGCACUUGUCUCUAUGAUAUUUCCUUUCCACUGGCCCUGCCCAUACAUUCCUCUCUGCCCGCUAGCCCUGGCAGAUGUUUUGAGUGCACCGUGUCCAUUCAUAGUAGGAGUUGAUUCAAGAUACUUUGAUCUCUAUGACCCUCCACCAGAUGUUAGCUGCGUUGACCUAGAUACAAACACCAUUUCACAACCUGGAGAUAAGAGAAAUAUUGCAUGGAAGAUCUUGCCAAAGAAACCCUGUAAGAACCUGAUGAACACUUUAAAUAACUUGUAUCAACAGCUAGCAGAAUUGCAGCAAAGACCAAGGGAUGAUGCGCUGAUGGAGCUGGCUAUGAAUGACUACGACUUUCAUUCAGGGGCGAAGCUGCAUCUGUUAGAUGUGGAAGUCCAAGAGGCAUUUCUCUGUUUCAUGGCCUCUAUCCUAAAAGGUUACAGGUCAUAUUUGAGACCCAUUACGCAAGCACCUUCUGAAACAGCAACAGAUGCAAGUUCCCUUUUUGAACUGCAAGGGUUCUUAAAAAGCCGUGACCGUUCACAUCAAAAGUUUUACACUAUGAUGACUAAGACACAAAUGUUCAUUCGCUUCAUUGAAGAAUGCUCCUUUGUCAGUGAUAAAGAUGCAAGCCUUGCAUUUUUUGAUGACUGUGUAAAUAAAGUAGAUAUGGAUAAGACUGGUGACACACAGCUAAUGGAACUUGAUGAGUCCUACAAGAGUGAGCACACUGUUUUCAUCACUCCCCCGGAGAUCCCUCAUCUUCCCAAUGGAGAAGAGGUUCCAUCACAGUACAGCUAUAAUGGAUUUCCUGUGCUGAGGCAAGACUUGUUUGAGCGGCCUGCAGGGCUCCUGACAAUGCCGAACAGCAAACUGUCUUCAAAAGCCAGCAGUCCCAACAGCCCCUUGCCAAUGUUCAGGAGAACAAAACAGGAAAUCAAGUCAGCCCAUAAGAUAGCCAAGAGAUACUCCUCCAUCCCUCAGAUGUGGUCCAGGUGCUUGCUGAGGCACUGCUAUGGCCUCUGGUUCAUCUGCCUUCCUGCCUAUGUCAAGGUGUGCCAUUCCAAAGUGAGGGCUUUGAGGACGGCCUACGAUGUGCUGAGGAAAAUGCACUUGAAAAAGAUCGACCCACCCGAUGAGGUAUGCUACCGGGUGUUGAUGCAGUUAUGUGGACAAUAUGGCCAACCUGUGCUAGCGGUGAGAGUCCUUUUUGAAAUGAAAAAAGCUGGCGUUGACCCCAAUGCAAUUACGUAUGGUUAUUAUAAUAAGGCUGUUUUGGAAAGUACUUGGCCCUCAAGCAAUCGAAGUGGCUAUUUUCUGUGGACGAAGAUAAGGAACGUCGUCUUGGGAAUAGCUCAGUUUAAAAGAGUUCUAAGAAAGCAACCUGCAAAUGGCAUCCAUAAAGCUCUUUCUGGGGGGCAUUCAGAUCUUUUAUACAGGCUGUCUAAAGAAGUAGUUAAACAGGAGAAAUUCACUGUUCAGAAGAAUGCUGAACUAAAAGAAGAGAAGAAAGAGAGCGACUCCAGUUCUUUAUCUGAGGUAGAGAGCGGAAAGGGAAGUGGUGACUGCCUUCCUUCAUUAAAUUAUCAGAAUUCAAAUAGAGCUAAGCCUGCAUCAAGGAUUGUUCGUCUGAACAAUAAAAUUGGCCAAGUAGCUGAUACAGCAGGAGAUAUCGGUACAGAAAGCUCUGCAGGACUGUUAUUCUCUUGUUUUGUGGAUGUCAACAAAACAAGGGUUUCUAAAGUUGAAAGCUUAAGAAACAGGCACUUAAAUACAGCUGAACUGGAGCAGAAACGGAUGGUUUGGAGAAACAGGAACCGCAAUCUGAGCGGAGAUGCUCUGAUAGAACUCAUGAAAAAUCAAAUUAAUCAGGAAGUAAGUCCUGAAGAAAUUGUUGAAAAACUAGGAGUGGAUGCAAAAAUUCUUUCUAAAGUGUUUGAGAAGAGAAAAAGGCCCAAGACACUCAACAUCAGACAAUCUUCUUUGGGACCCAGUAAGAGAGGGAACUUGGAGAAAGAAUCCAGUGACGAGGACGCACCCUACGACGACAGUUUUGUGGACAAAACAGAAUCGCCAGUCAUAUUUGAUUUGGAAGAUUUGGAUAAUGAACCUUUCUCCGUGAAAAGUGUGAAGCUGUUACAUAAAAAACCAUCAGCUUUUACUGAUGCCAGUAGCUUUCCAGUAAAACCCAUUGAGAAAACUGGUGUUGAAAUGGGAUUUGAUCCACUCUCCUUGCUGGCUGCUGAGACGGAACAACAGAAAGAGGAAGAGGAUGAAGACGAGGACAAAAGUACCUCAACUCCAUCUGCAAAGCGAGAUUUAGCUGAAGAAAUAGAAAUGUAUAUGAACAACAUGAGUAGUCCCUUAACUAGCCGGACACCAAGCAUAGAUUUGCAAAAAGCCUACAACGAGAAGAACACCAAUAAAAAGAGUCCAACAUUGGCCCAGCCGUGCCGGAGAUCUAGCCUUCCUCCAAAUUCUCCCAGGCCAGCAAUUCUUACCAAAUCCAAAAGCUACCAUGUAAAAAAUGAAGAAAGAGGAAGGGACAGGCUUUGGUCCUCUCCAGUGUUUUCUCCUAACAGUCUAUCAAGGGGACAAUCUGAGGACGUGUCUGGCGCAAUAGCACUUCCUUCUCCCACGUCAUUCAACUUGGAUACGCUGCUAACGCCCACCUUCGACGUUCUAAAGACCAGCAUGUUUUCUGCAGGGAAAGGGGUUGCAAAGAAGGCCAGCAAGUGGUACUCAAAGUUUACUACAUAUGCGGCAUCAUCAAAGGAUCAAAACUCAGACCGAACAAGCAUUUCAUCCCUUGGGGCCCUUGAUUCAGAAUCUGCCUCCCUGACUGAUGAAGAAGUCUGCAAUGAUCUUGAAAGCAACUCUUCUCCUCACGAGGAUACCUCCUCUGUGUUAAAGGGAAUUGGCCUGAGCAGGACAAGUCUGGAGAGCUCAGCUUCCAACAGUGGCACAUCAAAGCGUCGUUCUCAGUCAUGCUCCCUUUCAAAGUUUCCUUUGCCUGACAGAUCAGAGCUGGUAUCAUCUUGCAGCACAAGCAGCACUAGUGUGUUCCAGAAUUAUGCACUGGAGGUCCUUAUCUCAAGCUGUUCACGAUGUCGAACCUGCGACUGCCUUGUACACGAUGAAGAGAUCAUGGCAGGCUGGACAGCAGAUGAUUCCAAUCUUAACACCACCUGCCCUUUCUGUGGAAACCUAUUCUUGCCUUUCCUGAACAUUGAAAUCAGAGAUCUUCGGGGCCCUGGAAGAUAUUUCCUGAAGUCCAGUCCGUCUUCAGAGAAUGUGCAGGGAGGUUUAAAAAACCAGUCUGAUCCCACUUCAGGGUUUUCGACAUCUUUAAUGCUUGCUCAGGAUGAUUUGCAUUCAAAUAGCAGCAAAUCAAAACAGCCUGAUGGUACUUGUGCCAGGAGCAUUCAGAUCCCUCCCAGAAGGCAACAGAAUACUGCAAGAACUGAGCAUGCCAGCCACCCCUUGUCAAGAAGCAUGAGUAUGUACAGUCCCCUGGAGGUGGAGGAAGUGGGGAGCCAGAAGCGCGGCCACGUUGUUCCCACUGGGAGCUUGCCUGCCACGUUGCAAGGGACAGCCGAUCCUUUGGGGCUAGAGUGGCGUUUACCUAGUCCAGAGCCCAUAACAGUCCCAUAUCUCAGUCCUCUUGUUGUAUGGAAGGAGCUUGAAAGCUUAUUAGAAAACGAAGGGGACCAUGCGAUAACAGUGGCUGACUUUGUGGACCACCAUCCCAUUGUGUUCUGGAAUCUAGUGUGGUAUUUCCGACGCUUGGACUUGCCUAGUAACUUACCAGGAUUAAUACUGUCCUCUGAACACUGCAAUAAGAAUUCAAAGAUUCCCAGAAAUUGUAUCUUAGAGGACAGCAAGUAUGUUCUAAUCCAGAUGUUGUGGGACAACAUGAAAUUGCACAAAGAUCCAGGGCAGCCUCUCUAUAUUCUGUGGAAUGCACAGACUCAAAAGCACCCAGUGGUUCGCAUACGGCAGAAUGAUGACAGUUCAUUUAACCAGGAACUUUUAAGAAGCAUGGUGAAGAGUAUUAAGAUGAAUGAUGUCUAUGGACCAAUGAGCCAAAUUCUAGAGAGACUGAACAAAUGCCCAGAGAUAAAAAGGCAGAGGAGUCUUUAUAGAGAAAUACUAUUUCUCUCUCUUGUUGCACUUGGAAGGGAUAACAUUGAUAUAGAUGCUUUCGACAGAGAAUACAAAAUAGCUUAUGAUCGUCUUACGGCUAAUCAGGUCAAGAGUACCCACAACUGCGAUAGGCCUCCAAGUACUGGAGUGAUGGAAUGUCGGAAGAUUUUUGGGGAGCCAUAUCUUUAAAUAUAUAUAUAUAUCUUACCUGUAAUGGAUUGCAGCAGGGUGUGUAUGUUAAACAACAACAAAGACUUCAGCAAGACUCUCGCCAUUCUCCAUUAAAAAAGCAUCUUCAACUUUGUUUUAAUAUUAGGAUUUCCUAGGGAGAUAAUGAUACUGGAAUGACUUAAUGAACCAUGGGCCAGAGUAGGUUCUGUUCACCACGGAUAGUGUCUACAAAGUACUUAGUGGAUAAAUCUCAAUAGUCCACUGCAGAGAGUUUAAGCAGAUAUGGACCAAAAUCAUGCACUAGAAGUUUGCAUGAAUGAAAUAAGCUUUUCAGAACUGUUUACAUAGUAAGUUGAAAAUACCACAUAGCUCAUACCAGAGUUGUAUAAUAACAGAUUUUAAAUUAUUUAUAGCGGGUUCAUAUUUUUUUAACUUUUUAAAUUACUAUAUUACUAUAGUGAUCCUGUUGCAUAAGCAAUACUUUUGUCCUGCCUAAGUUGCUGUUUAUAGCAACUGGUCUGUUUUGCAGAUAAAGUCCUUUUUUCUUUCACUUUUUAAAAAGUAGUAUGGAAAUUUCAAUGCUGUUCUGAAUCACAGCAUAAAUUGUCAGUAUUUCCUUUCCCCCAAAAGUAUACACUUAAACAUUGUAAAUUUCAGCUGACAAGUAUUGCAAACUUGUAUGAAGCUGUCAUAAUUGUCAUGCAUUUGUCACUUUGAAAGAUUUGGCAUUGUUGGCUGUUGGGAGCUGCCAUGGCUAUGUAUAUAAUCCAUUACAAAGAUUGCAGUCUAAAGAUCUGCUGUAGCCACACCAAUGAGCCAGAGCAGGCCCAGUGGGAUUUUGGACAUUUCCUUUUCCAACAGCAAGCUCUGUACCAAGGGUGAGGAACUUCUUCAGUCUGAGGGCUGCAUUCCCUCAUGGGCAGCCUUCUGGGAGCUGCAUGCCAGUGGUGGGCAAGACAGAAGCAGAAGUAGGCAAAGGAUGUGGCUCUUACCUUUGUACAGUAAGCUACAUUCCAGCCACACACAAGUCAGAGAUUUCUAUAUACACAUAGCCCCACACACAUCUCCAUCCAGGCAAGCGAGAGGCAUUAUCACAGUUCAAGGACUGCUUGCGGGCUUCCCUCAGGCACCUGGUUGGCCACUGUGAGAACAGGAUGCUGGACUAGAUGGGCCACUGGCCUGAUCCAGCAGGCUCUUCUUAUGUUCUUAAGGACACAUUUCGGCCAGGCAACGACACAUGAGAGGGCACUGAGCAGGGUCGGUGAGGAAUAUGGUGUGGACAAGCAGCAUGGCCCAGAUAGAAUUCCGAGGGCUAGACAGGCUUGGAGGGCCCCAUUUGACCCCUGGGUUCCCCAUCUUUGCUAUAUACCGUAUCACAAUCCACUUGUGGAAGUCCCUGCAGUUUCAAAAGCGGUGUGUCGUGUUUCCACCACCUUAAGUGGUGGUGGGGUGCUGUUUAAGAAAGACCAAAGUUCUUCUGGGCACAUGGAAUUAGUUGUAUGGUUCUUUGCAUUCCAGGCAAAGCGUAUGGUGAGAGGCUUGGAAAAAAUGCUUACGUAUAAUAAAAGAGAGAACAGUUAUCAUCUGUGGACUGAAAAUUUCCAAAAUGGAAUUUAGAACAAGCCUGAGCUUGAGCAGGAUGGCAAAAAUUGCUAUAGGACAUUAGCCAGGGGAGGGGGGAGGAAUGUAAUCUACUUUGAUAUAUUAUAUGUAUUAGAUACAUUUGAGAUUAUUUUUUGUUUGCUAAUAAUCCAGAUAGCAUGGCAACUAUUUACUUUUUGUUGCAUGGCUUCACACUGCUUCUGUUUCAUAUCCAGAUAUUGUUAAAAUGUCAGGAACUGGAGAACAUUACAGCAUCUUCUCUAAUUUGCACAUACAUGUAGAGUUACUUGUUUACAAGAAGAUGUGCUGCCUAUACCCCUCUCCCAGCUCUCCUCGUUUAGCAGCAGAAUCUGUCAGGUCUGAGCAUGAGAAUAUUCAUUUUGCAUGAGGAUUAACCUGUGCCUUAGUGGCUUUGACUUUACUCCUAGCCCUGAAUCCAAAGAGCUAUUUUAGGCAUGCCCAUGGGAUUUCAGUUUUUCUUUGUCUUUGAACAGCAGUUCCCCUUUGCCUGUAUCAAACUGUUUUCGAAGCACCUCCUAGACUCAAACAGCAUGUGACUCUCCCAUUCAAAAAAGAUUAAGUCUGAAGCCUCUAAGGGAGUAUGGAAAGCAUAGUAUCUAUAAGGGCACAAUGAACCAGGAAUUUCUCUUGCACAAGCUCAUCCCAUCCUGGUGUACUCUUGUACAGCUUCCAUUCAGUGGGCUUGCACAGGCGAAUUUCCUGGUGCCUUGUACCAUACAUUUCCUCACAUCUGUAGUAACCCUGCAAUUACGACAAACACAGAUAACCAUACAGAAUGAAAUCUCCAUGAAUUUGAUGACAAAGGUACGUGUCCUGAUCUAGUUGGUAUAGAACUGUGGAUGCCACAUUUCUAAGUAUCUAGUAAUGUGGGUGUUCAUUUCUGUGUACAGUAUCUGUGCUAUGUUGUAUUUACAUUGUCUUUACUAAGGAAAAUGUGUACACAGUUGCCACAAAUGUAAAUAAGUCCUUACGUGUUUUGUGUUGUGUAGAAGAGAGGAGAGUGCUGGUAAGCCUUUGAACUGCAACUUCUCGCUCCCGUUAGAUGUAUAAAAGCCACUAUUUUUGUAGCACUUUAUCACUAUGAUGGAGAUGGUAUCUCUUCUUCCUGAGCUCUGUCUGGUAUUUCUAAGGAUACCAGUAAAGUGACAAAUCAGACUCGCUUUUAUAUGAUAUAUAUAUAUGGUACAUAUAGCCUGGUUUUGGCAAAAGUGGGUUUGGAAUAAGGUCUCCAAGGGUGUGUGGGUAUGACUACAGGUAGGCAUCCAUGUUGACCUAGUAAUAUCAAGAUUUCAAUUAUUGUGACAGUGAUAAUUUUCCAGUUGGAGCACUUCCUAACAGCAGAAGUUUUGUUAUACUAAAACCAAGCCCAUUAGCCCACUAUAUUAGCUUGAUAUUAGAGAGAGAGUCUAGCAUUAUCUGCAGAUUUGGCCAGGAUUCAAACAGGUACUUUAGACAUUCUAAAGAGCUUGUGCACAUCCAAAAGAGGUUUUUACUCCUCCCACCCUUUGAACAGCUCACCCCCAACCUUAUUCCAAAAUGCAUUUGAAAUUCCCUGAACUUUCAAAAGCUCUUGGCAAUGUGGCAUGGCUGGCGAGUCACACAUGCAUAUACAUCUCUUGAUUUCCUCUACACUUGAUGAGUGGCAGUUGCAUGUGUGAACCAACUACAGUAAAGCAUCACUGUGGAGACAAAAUUAAAAGUCUGUCUGCAGUGGCCCAUUCACAUGUUCAUAGAUGUCACCACUUGAUGCUGUAGUUGUCCUACAAUCUGGCAUGCCAAUGUUAGUGGAAUCCCCCUGAGAUUAUGAGAUCUGCAGUGCCGGGUAGUCUGUUUGAACCGGACCAUUGACCCAUUAUUGCUGAGAACACAGGCAGCAGCUGUCUGAGGUUUCAGCAGAAGGGGUGCAGGUGUCCUUCCAGCCCACCUACAUGAAAUCCUUAAACUGGAGAUGGUAGGAGGCUGAACCUGAAACUUUCUGUGAAGAAAGCUUCCUUGUUCAGAUUAGAUUGUAAUCAGAAAAUCAGAUUUCAUCUCAGAAGUUAAAGGUUUCCACAUCACUUAGUCCAAUGGUGAAAUUUACUUCCACACUUCAACUUUUUUUAAAACAAAACAAAACCUGGUUUGUGUUUAAAUUUUAAAUCUGUUACUGAAAGGGAGUCUUGAAAUCUUUUUUCUUCUGUGUAUGGUGAUAUGUCCUGAAACUUUGGAACAGUUCUGUGUUUCUAUUUGGUAAUAUUAAAAGGCGUUUCAUCCUUAUGGUUUGUGGUAUCAGACACAUCUUUGAGGCAGUUAAGAGCUUCUUUUCUUCAGUUUAUGUCAGUGUUUGUAAUCUCUUUAAUGUUGGGUUUGUUCAUUAUACAAAAAUGGAUCAAGUAGAUGACUUGAUAUAAAGUUAUCAGACGACUUAGUAUUUCAGUAGGAAAUGCUUUAUCCCAAAGACAGAAAUGGAUCGUUACAUGUAAAUGUGUGUAUAUAUAACAUUAGAAAGCAGGAGGUACAAUUGGUGGAUUAAUUUGCAAAAGAGCACUUUUACAAAGGAAUGGUUGUACAUUUGUACAUAUGUAAUGUUUACAUUUUAUUUACCAACAAAGAACAUCAGUUUAAGUGUUUAUUUUUGUUUUGAAUUUGUAGGUCAAUUUUAAGAUGUAUACUUCAAUGUUCACAAUGGAAAAAGGUGGUUUUUCCCCCUGAAAUGUCAUAGAAAAAUGGUUCUAUUUAAAAUCUUACAAUGGUUCAAUAAAGAAAAGUGA